AAAGGCGGAGGCUGUUUGAUAAACUGGAUCAGCGAAGCUAGGCGGCACUUGAAAUCAGUCGCCGGGAAGUAAAAAGAAGGAAGCCGGAGAGAUUGGCGAUGGAUCUCAACGCUCUUCUCCACGCCUUCACUCCGUCAUGGACUUCGGUCGCUAUGCUGAUGGCGUUUUUCACUUACUUGGCGAUCGCCGGAUCUAUUUUACCGGGAAGAGUUGUUCCCGGAGCGACUUUAUCCGACGGCACUCGCCUCCAUUACCGCUGCAACGGUUCGCUAUUGCUUAUCUUGUUGAUUUCUCUACUUGGAGUGGGCGGUUGGAUGGAUCUUGUAUCACCCACUGCAAUUGCUGACAGAGGAUUUGAGCUUUUAUCGACUACUCUUAUAUUCAGUCUAUUUGUGACGUUACUUCUUUACAUCGCUGGCUGCAGAUCCCGCGAUCAGAGUUCUUCUCUGAAACCUCACAUUACUGGAAACUUAAUCCAUGACUGGUGGUUCGGAAUACAGCUGAAUCCUCAGUUCAUCGGAAUCGACCUGAAGUUCUUCUUUGUUAGAGCUGGUAUGAUGGGAUGGCUUCUUAUAAAUCUUUCUGUUCUUGCGAAAUGCAUUCAACAGGUCAACUUAAGCGUAUCAAUGAUUCUUUACCAGAUAUUUUGUGUGCUAUACAUUCUGGAUUACUUCUUUUAUGAAGAGUACAUGACCUCCACAUGGGAUAUAAUUGCUGAGAGAUUGGGGUUCAUGCUGGUGUUUGGAGAUCUCGUCUGGAUUCCUUUCACAUUCAGUAUCCAGGGUUGGUGGCUUCUAAACAACAACGUGGAGCUAACAACUGCUGCUAUUAUUGCAAACUGUCUUGCAUUCCUAAUUGGCUAUCUAGUCUUUAGAGGAGCUAACAAGCAGAAGCAUAUUUUCAAAAAGAACCCCAAAGCACUAAUAUGGGGUAGCCCUCCAAAGGUCAUCGGGGGAAAAUUGCUUGCUUCGGGUUAUUGGGGAAUUGCUAGGCAUAGUAACUAUCUUGGAGACUUGUUGGUUGCUCUAUCCUUCAGUUUACCUUGUGGGAUAAGUUCUCCAGUUCCGUAUUUUUAUCCUAUAUACCUUUUCAUUCUGCUAAUAUGGAGAGAGAGAAGAGACGAAGCCCGAUGUGCGCAAAAGUACAAAGAAAUAUGGGCAGAGUACAGGAAAUUGGUUCCUUGGAGGAUACUUCCUUAUGUUUAUUAACAAGAUAACAAUAUUUGGUGUUGUGCAUCGGUUUUUUUUUUUCUGUUUUUUUGGUUCUUUUUUUCCGGGAGUGGAAUGUAGUAGCAGUUCGAUAGAUGAACAUACGAUAGGCGGCUUUUGGUGGAAUCUUGAACCCCAAUCGAAAUUGCACUAAUUUAUCCGAAUUGUUCUUUCGAAAUUUUCAUUGUUUGCAUCUAUAAUUGUAGACUUGUCUACUCUUGUUACUUGUUGUAAUUUUGUUGAAAACAUUUUUGAAUCUUGAAUUCUUAUGAAAAGUCAAAGUAUGAA